GUUUACUGAUUUCAGUAAACAAUUCAUUUUUCCUUUUUCUGUCAAAUAGACAUAAAUUUAGAGAGAAAUAAUCACUUCUGUCUUUGUAAGUAUUCAUGGCCUUCGAUCCAUUUAUUAUUAGGAAACCAAAAACAACCCUAAGCGGUGUACAAGGGAAAAUAACCGUUCAAUCUGCCAACGGCGAGCGUAUUGGUCAAUGGGGAGGUACGGAGUGCUUUCUCUCACGACAAACGGGUCUUGGGCCGUGCCUAGUUGUCCGUUCCAGCCGUCACCGUCGAGGCCAGGGGACGUUUUUCCAGCUGGUUGGCCUACGCCAAGUGCUUUCUUCACACGUCUUACAAGGUAAGUUAACACUGGUUCUAUCACACGCCCAUCAGCGCAUUUGCACGGUGUUUAUCAAUGCCCUCCCUUCGGAUAUUGAGGAGCUGCAGAUGAUGGCGGGAACCCUGCAGGACCGCUCAAAAUGGAAGACUUUAGAAAAGAACGUAGCCAAACACGCUGGGAACUCUUCAGUGCGGGGCAAAGGCAGCACACAUGAAAUCAAAAUAGGGGUCAGUCAUAAUAGAAAAUAUAGUGGAUCAAGCCACCUGCGCGAUCCAACCCAGACAGGGCUUGAACGAGAAUACAACGACAGUUCUGAGGACGAGAAUUAAUACUCAAGCGAGGUAAGGGCGCCCGUAUAUUCUAAGAAGCUUUCCAAAAGUUCAGCUUAAAGCCUCCGCCCUCCGGACCUGUUGUCUACCCAGACUUGGUAGUAUCCUCCUCAUGAGGAGCUUCCCACUAAAGCAGUGGGGUGGACAGCGAAGCAGGCGGUGACAAUUAAUUUGCUUUCUGUGAGGGUCCUAACGUUUUCAUGAUGGGUACGGCGGGUGAUCUAGGACGUACGGCCAAAAGAAGGGUCAGUUGAUUUACCAUUCAUAGUUUUACCGGAAUGGGCCAUGGAGAGGGAAUGCUUGACAGUGUGUAGUGAAAAGUCAAAAGUAAGCCAAAAACAGAACGAAGCUGGCAAGUACGCAAGGUAUUAGUCCUAAAUGAGGUUGUUGUGCUGCGGACGCAUGUGUCCAGUGUGCUCGACGCGGUUGUUCGGGAUGUGUGUUAAGAACCAAGCAAACCCUUUGCUCAAAUCCAGCUCCAGGUCGUAGCUUAUUUAUUAUUAUUAUUUCAUCAGUUACGUGUGCUAAAUAAGCCCAGUCAACCUUCGAAAGCGUAACACGGUAACAGUGUUAUUUUCAUAUGAUUUGAUUUUUGAAAGACUAGCGGAAAAUUUCUUGUAGGUAAUGAUGAAUAAAUCGAAGCAUAAACACAUAGAAAUGCAUAGAUCACUAAUUUGUGCUCAAAUACCCUCCAUUUUUA